GUUUGGAGGUAUUUUAAAUUCAUCAAUUAUGUCACAUCGUCGAUAUAUCAAAGGCCUAUUGUUCAAAAAAAAAAAAAAAAAAGGAAAAAAUGAAGAAAGAUG